GUUUACCAGUUUCAUCCCAAAAAUAUUCCGGUAGGCGGAUUGGCUGGACUAAAUUGCCCCUAGGUGUAAAUGAGUGUCUAGGUGGUGCACUGUGAUGAAUGGAUGGACUGGCAUCACAUCCAGAGUGCAUUCCUGCUUCACAUCCAGUGUUCACAGGAAAGGUCCAAUAUCCACCAUGACCCUGAUCGCAAAACCAUGAAAUCCUGGAGGGACUGUGAAAUGAUUUAUCAACUCGACUUGGAUAUGGGGAAAAUUUGCCCUGCUAAAAAAAACCUCCCAAAACAACAGAAACCCGCAUAUAAUUUGAAAUGGUUUUAAGGGUUAUAAUGGGAAUUAUAUCCGGUUUUAACAGUCCCUGUGGGUCUCUACUGGUAAUUUAUUGCCUUCUGCUGGCGGCACAUUAUGUCUAGAGGAUACCAUUAAGGACCGGUAAUGAUAAUGGUUUUAGUGGUUAGCUGAUGGCUUGUAAUGGUAGUUGUAGUGGAAACCAUUAGAAUUUCUGUGAUGGUUUAUCUUUGGGUUGUUGUUGCUUUUCAGCAGGACGUGCUUACAUGUGAAUUUAAUUCCUUUAGGGUUCUCUUACAAGUGGAUAAUGAUGUUUGAUCUUGUAAACACUGGUGCACUUUGAAUUUGGGAAGGAUUGUAGUGAGUCUGUGUGGGAUCUGUUUGAGGUGGAUGAGAUCUGCAGCUGUUCUGUUUAUUCGACCCCAUCAGCUCUAUUCAUGUUUCUAUCGGUGGAGGUCGCCAGGCGUACUCAAUAGACAGAUGGAGCGCACGCUGAACGUGUGUGUGUGAGAGAGAGAGAGAGAGAGCGAGAGAGAGUGAGUGAGUGAGGCAGAGAGAGCGAGUGUGUGAGUGUUCAGUCCGCUGUGGAUGGGGAUCAGCAGAGAGAAGCGAGGCUCCCACCCGACUCAACUCACUCUUCGUACCGCGCGCUGCAAAAAUGGCGGCCGCUUCUUCCAUGCAGCCGCCCACAGCGCCCGCCGUAGAGCGCCCGAAUUCCCCCGUGCAGGACUCGGAGAGCCCCGAGAGCCGGCCGGAGGAGGACGGGGCUUCUGAGGACACCAUCCUCCGGGACAUGGCCGAGCUGGAGCCGGAGGAGAUUGAAAGGAGGCUGGAGAAAACUCGGAGAGAACUGAGCAACAGGAGAAAGAUUGUCAUCAAGAACCUGCCGCAGGACGCCACUAACCAGGAAGUGCAUGAUAUUCUCCGCGAGUACGAGCUCAAGUACUGCUUUGUGGACCGGAACAAAGGCACAGCUUUUGUAACACUCCUAAAUGGCGACCAGGCGCAGGACGCCAUCCGUUCACUGCACCAGACGUCGGUGCGUGGUCGUGACAUCAGCGUCCAGCUGCAGCCCACCGACUCGCUGCUGUGCGUCACCAACCUGCCUCACACGUUCACGGGCACACAGUUCCAGGAACUGGUGCGCUCCUACGGCAACAUCGAGCGCUGCUUCCUCGUCUACAGCGAGCUAACGGGCCACUCCAAGGGCUAUGGCUUUGUGGAGUACAUGAAGAAGGACUCGGCCUCCAGGGCUCGCUUGGAGCUGCUGGGUAAAGUGCAGGGCGACCGCUUGCUUAUGGUGCAGUGGAGUGACGUCAACCAGCUCAGCACGGCCCAGCACAUCCACUCCAAGUGCCUGUGCGUGGAGCGGCUGCCUGUGGACUUUGACAGCUCUGAAGAGCUAUCGCACAUCUUUUCUGAGCACUACAAACCCGUCUUCUGCCAGCUGGCGCAGGACGAGGGCAGUGCCGUGCGUGGUUUUGCCGUGGUGGAGUACGAGACCGCAGAGCAGGCUGAGGCCGUGCUGCUGGAGAUGGACCGACACCUGAUCCAGGGUCAGGAGAUCCGCCUGUCACUGUGCAGCCCGGGAACAUCUGGCCGCAGCACACUCGCUGCCCUCAUUGCUGCUCAGGGAGUGAUGCUGAGCAAUAAAAAGGGUUUAUUGCCCGAGCCCAAUUUGGCUCAGCUCCUGAACAGCAUGACCAAUCCAGCUGCUCUUCAGGUUCUUAUGAGACCAUACCACACAGGAAAGCGUGGAGGGAAGUUUCGUCCUCAUGGUGUUCCUUUUCUCCGACCGCCGCUGACAGCCGCGCUGCUCCAGCUAGGAAAAGCACAGCAGAACGCCAUGCUGGGGAACGGGCUCGUUCUGCAGAACCUUCUCCACAUGCACAUGGCACAGCAGCAGCUCCUGCACAUCAAGGACAAGCACGCCACUAAUGUGAGGAUUCCCAGUCUUUUAGGUGACCCUUCCCGUUUACUUCUCCAUAAAGUCUUGGCUCUGCGAGCUGCAGCCCCGGUGCCAGUGGUGAAGGGCCUGAUUGGCGAUUCCCCCACUGACUCGACUCGGGAGGCUGGAGGGUCCGGAGCAGGCCGAGCUCACAUGAGCCCUGGGGAUCAAAACGGUGUGUCAGCUCCAGACAAACAGCCAGCAGUGUUGACUCACUCCCACAGCCAGACACAUUGCUUCAGUUCUGGGUCAAGUAGAGCAGCACUGAGCGCCAAAGCCCUGGUUAAUCACAACAGCACUGCAUCAGAGACCUGCAUGCUUACAACACAAAGCACCUGCCAGAUGUCUCUGCUGGGAGAGCCACCUAAAGAGGUGAAACUGCCCUCCAACCCUUACCUAAACAUGGCCAGUGUCUUACCUGGAGUGGUGCUGCAAGCUCCCUGUAGCAGCAGCAGCAGUAAAGGCCAGGCGGUCAGUGGGACCUAUAGCUCGGUUCUGCCUCCUGCUUCUCUCCCAACCACCCAGUACAGCACUGAGUGCAAUGCCUCAGAAUACACGAACCAGUACACUCAGCAAUACUCACAGGAGGCCAUGCAGCAGUGGUACCAACAUUAUCAGGCACAGGGCUACAGUAACACUAACCAGGAGAGUACUACAGCCACAGAGUACAGCAAGGAGCAAGCUCAGGCUGUGGUCACGUCUUCAUAUGGAGACUACUCUUCUUACAUGCAGGCUGUAACUCAGUACUAUUCUCAGACUCAGAUAAGCCAAGCUGCUGCACCUGGGUACCAGCAGAGAGACCUCAGCAAGGAGCUGGAGGUCGUAAAGCCACCCAUGGUCUCUCCUCUGUCUCUGAAUGGUGCUGCCCCGCCCAUGCUGCCUGCCUACAGUGCCCUGCCAAUCAUGCCUGGCUUCAUCGCCCCUACACACGCUCACACACACACACCGAGCGCUGUCACUCACACACACACUACGCCCUGCGUGACAGAUUGGAGCCAGUAUUACUAUGCUCGAGGACAGAAGCGAGAAUAUCCCACACUGGCGGUACAGGAAGUGACAACAGAGGGGCCUUACGUAGGCCAGCACUCACAGGGUCUGGGUGGCCAGUAUGCUGACUACUUCAAAAAGAAGAGGAUUUAGAACAACACACACACACACACUCACACCCACACACACUCACACACACACACACACACUGAAUUACAGUGUUUUUGUAGUGCAUUGUUGUUGUCCAGUCAAAGCCUUAACUCUGCACUCGGUGUGUAAGAGUGCUGAUGUUUAACAUGUGAACGUUAAAGGUCUAGAUGUUCUCAGGCCUGUUUUAUUCUGGGCUGCAGACCAGGCGCCUUUUUUUGUAAAACAAACACACACACACGCACACACUCACUCUCUGGCCGGUGUAACGAGAGGCCGCUGUGCUUUAAUAAUAGUAAACUUUUCUGACUUUUUGUAAGGCACCUCACUGCUCCUGGGCUUGCACGUGUGUGUGUGUGUGUGUGUGUAAGAGGUUAAGGGCUGAAAAAGACAGAGCUGUCCUCAGAGAUUUCGCCUUUCAAAAUUGAUGUUGCUUAUAAAUAGUUCGACGUGUUUGGUACACAUGUACAAAUGUAAUCUAUUGUAAAUAUUUCUCUCAAUCUGUUCUGGUUAACAAAAAGGGCCAAAAAUUCACAAACACACGGUUUUACUAGGGUCAAAGACGAAAUGUGUGGGCUGUUCCGUUUUCUAGAAAUUAAUUCUGUACAGAAAUAUGUAUUAAUAUCUCAGUGUCCACUUACAGUUGUAUGUAAAAGUUUGGGCAUCCUUCAAUUAAUUUUGUUGACUUUUGAAGUGAAAAGAAGUAAACACAACCUCUGCAACAAACAAAACAAAAAUAAACACAAACAUAUAUAUAUAUGUGUG